GUCAGGUAUGUGAACACAUACAAGGAAUUUGACUCCGGUCACUUUGCUUCAUGGUACAACAAAAUGAAAAACACCACUUGAAGAAGCAUAAAGAGUCAGGGUUAAGGUAGCAGUUGAUUUUUUUUAUUUUAUUUUAUUUAUUUUUUUAUAAAUGACAGUUUUAUUUCAAAGAUUUUUUCACAGUUUAAAACAAAAAUAACUUCCUGUAGAUGUUCAGAAAUAAUUCAUCAUGUAUGACACAUUAAUUAAAUACACUCCCUGGCCACUUCAUUAGCUGCACUAUUAAACUCUCAUAAAGUCAUCAGGAGGUGAAUGACCGUUCUCUCCGAACAGGAACGUGUUGAACCUCAGACUCUGAAGGACUCCUCUGCCGUACCUAAUGAAGUGGCCACUAGUGUACCUAAUAAUCUGGACAUUAUUUAGACUAGAAUAGGUGGACAGGUGUUCCUAAUGAAGUGGCCGGUGAGGCGCUCUGCUGCCCCCUGCUGGUCAGACCGUCUAAUCCGCAUCUUUAAUAUGUUGAUCUAUUUCUGCUGUGAGUGACUGACAGCUCACCUGUCCAGGUUAAGCCCGCCCCGCCCCUCCCGUGACGUCGGCUGACCCCACCGUCCAGAUGUUCGUCGGGAGGAAACAGGAACCUCUGCUCCAGAUUUGAACAGGGCGCAUGCGCAGAGUGCGACAGCUGCUUCCCAGGGGACGGACGGAAGAAAGUUUGAGAGAAAGAUUCAGAACCAGCACCCGGACCAGGACCGGGACCAGGACUGGGACAACCGCUAGCCAGAGGUGAUGCCUGAAGGAUCUCUGCGCUGCCCCAUGGGUGAAGGUCACAUGACCAGACUCUAAAUCGCCACGGGAACCGUGUUACAUAAGGCAGGACUGUGAUGUCACUCUGCUGACCAGAGGUUUGAUUCUCUACGGGAGACGUCGUCACCAUGGCAACUCGUACAGAGUCCCCCCGUCUGUCCACCGCCUCCAUCAGCAGUGAUGAGCGCGCUCCGUCGGCCACGCCCUCCGACUCCUCAGACCGGCGGCCGGCGAGCCUGAUCUCCACGCUGUCCUCGGGCUCCGGAUCAUCCAGAGACGACAACACCACCCCCCCUCCUCCCUCCACCACGGAGGGGUUGAACCCAGACCCCAACAGGAAGGGGAGGAGCUUUGUUCACAACAAUAACAACAACAACAAGCAGCGGGCGUCCAGUCAGAGGCAGCCGGCCUCGCCCUUUGUCAGGGGGACCAUGGCCCCCAACCCCCAACUGACCUACCUGGACCGCGUGGUCAUGGAGAUCAUCGAGACGGAGAGGAUGUACGUCAGAGACCUGCGCAUGAUCGUAGAGGAUUAUCUGGCUCACAUCAUCGACCAGGCGGAUCUGUCCAUCCGUCCUGAGCAGGUGUGUUCACUCUUCGGAAACAUCGAAGACAUCUACGAGUUCAACAGUGAGCUGCUUCAGGAUCUCGACAUGUGUGACAAUGACCCCGUAGCUGUUGCCAGGUGCUUUGUGACAAAGAGCGAAUACUUUGAGAUCUACACCCAGUACUGUACCAACUACCCAAAUUCGGUGGCGGCGCUGACUGACUGCAUGAGGAAUAAAUCUCUGGCCAAGUUCUUUCGGGAACGUCAGGCGUCCUUGAAGCGUUCGCUACCUCUGGGUUCAUACCUGCUCAAACCCGUUCAGAGGAUACUGAAAUACCACCUGCUGCUCCAGGAGAUAGCGAAGCACUUUGACCCAGAGGAGGAAGGCUACGAGGUGGUGGAAGACGCCAUCUACACCAUGACGGGGGUGGCCUGGUACAUCAACGACAUGAAGAGGAAACACGAGCACGCCGUCAGACUGCAGGAGGUUCAGUCGUUGCUGCUGAACUGGAAAGGUCCUGACCUCACCACCUAUGGAGAACUGGUUUUGGAGGGAACCUUCAAGGUUCCCCGCGCCAAAAACGAGAGAACGCUCUUCCUGUUUGACCGCAUGCUGCUGAUCACCAAACGUCGUGGAGAGCACUAUGUCUACAAAGCCCACAUCUCCUGUUCCACUCUGAUGCUGAUUGAAAGCGCCAAAGACUCCCUGAGCUUCAGCGUCACACAUUACAAGCACCCCAAACAGCCUCACACCGUCCAGGCGAAGACGGUGGAGGAGAAGAAGCUGUGGGCUCAUCACAUCAAACGCAUCAUUCUGGAGAACCAUCACGCCAUCAUCCCUCAGAAGGCUAAAGAGGCGAUCCUGGAGAUGGAUUCUAUCUACCCGUCCAGGUAUCGGUACAGUCCUGAACGUCUGAAGAAAGCUUUGUCCUCUCAGUCUGAUGAGUUUCCACGAGACACUCGUCAGGGCCGCCGUCAGUCUGAGCCGAUCAGACAGAAGAGCAGCAAAGUGCUCCCGCAGCACUCAGACUCUGAGACGGUGGCUUCAGGCGACCGACGCUCGCUGCAGCCCACUGUUAGCAGCUUCACACUGGGAUCCAGAGGCCUGGAGGAGGAUGAGGAGGAGGAGGAGGAGGAAGAGGAGCUCAGCACCGGGAAGGACUCUCUAGAGCGACUGCUGUGCAGUGAGGAAGAGGAGGAGGAAGAGGUUCUGCUGGAGGAGCAGGAGGACGACUUUGCCACCUCGGUGCUGGCAGCCAUUUCAUGCUGGCACUACAGAGUCCAGGCCUUCCUCUCCAUCUCGGGGACGGAGGCAGAAGGAGGAGGCGUCGUCUCUUCCAACAGCCCAAACAAAGAAAAUGGACGACUUCCUGAAGAGGACGAGUCAACAGAAUCGUCACCUGAGCAGCCAGCUGCAGAUGAGCUGCCACGGGAGGAGUUAGAACCACAGGAAGCACCUGAACCAGAACCGUCCUCUGAUUUGGAUCCGACCAAAACCUCAGCCUCUCCUCAGAAAUUCGAAGAAGCGAAGUCUGAGCCCGAUCCAGAGCCGGUAGAGGAGCUGUCCUCGGCCACGCCCGAUUCAGAUUCAAAGACACUGAGCAGCGAGGACUCCUCAGAGGAUGAGGGGGACGAGAAGGAGGCGGUGGAGAAGGAGGUGGAAUCCCCGAGCAUCCUCCCGUCCUCUGUCUUGGACAAAGCCGGCGCCAUUGCUCAGCAUUUCACCAACAGCAUCAAGCGGGGCAGCCUGGUCCAGGACGACACCCGCUCCCUCGGCGGUGCUUCCCCUCGGUUACCCAGCAGGACCGGCAGCAGCCUCAGCCUCAGCCUCAGCACCGAACCGGCCGAACGACCUCCACGGCUCAACAGUGUAUCCUCUGAUCCCGUAGAGACCUUUGGCGCCACAGAUCUGACCCUUCUGUCUCCUCGGGAAGACAGCCUCUUUGACGCCGAGCGAAGUAUUCGCCGGAGGAGGGACUCCACCCUGUCCAAGCAGGACCAGCUGCUCAUCGGUAAAAUCAAGAGUUAUUAUGAGAAUGCCGGAAGCCAGGACGCCACCUUCAGCCUCCAGCGCAGAGAGAGUCUGACCUACAUCCCAACAGGGCUGGUCAGGAGCUCUGUCAGCCGGUUCAACAGCAUCCCCAGGGAAGACGUUGUCCAGACAGAUCCGUCGUCCUCCGGUCUGGACGCUUCCUCAGAGACGCAGGAUCACAUGGUCUCCAGUGACUCCUUGGACUCUUUGAGGUCCGAUCACAGAAGUACUGGUCCAGAAGAUUCAGGAGAAAGCCCUGUGUCCAGAUCUCAAAGCAUACAGGAGAUUCCAUCUGAGGAUGAAGAGUUCAGACCUUCAUCUGAAAUGAUCAAGAUCUGGCAGGCGAUGGAGAAAGACCUCAGAUCCCAGAGUGAAGACAGAGGCCACAGUCGUUCCGGAGAUGCUCUAAAAACCUCCAGAGUGACCAGCGCCGGCCUUCCUACCCCAACUAAGAGCUGGGACCAGAGGAGUGGAGCAUCUGACCUCAGCACCAUCACAGAAUCCACCGACAUUUCAGCCUUCAAGCCUGAGGUUUCAAGGGUGAACCGGCCAGGAAGUCUGAAGUUCGGGGAAGAGGCCGCCGUCCUCAGAGCUCCUGUUCCUCGGUUCACCCAGCUGAGGGCGGAGGCCGAGGGGGAAAGACCCAGUGAGGAUUCAAACCAGCCAGACGGCGUCGACAUGACAAAGAGCAAAGUUCUCCAUCUGGCCCGUCAAUACAGCCAGCGAAUCAAAACGACCAGACCGAUCGUCAGACAGCGAAGUCAGGGCCUCCUGACCUCCAGGAUGAGCUUAGCUUCUGUGAUGGAGGAGGAGAGUUCAGGUAAACCCGCCCUGACUCUCCCACUGGUCUCUCACAACCAGAGGCGGAGUCCUGUAGACCAGGUCCAGUCUUCGACCCCCAGCCUCAUGUGCAGAUCCAGGGUAGUGGUCUCCCCGGGUCAGGCUCGUUCUCGCAGCCCCCUCAGUCCUCCUCCCAUCGAGGGCUUCAACUGGCCCGACGUCAGCCAGCUACGCUCCAAGUACUUCGACCAUGGCCGCUCUCAGAAGAGUCCGGUCUGCCGGAGUCGCUCCAGUCCAGACCAGAUGUUUGAUGGAGGUCUGAGGAGACACUCCAGCUGCUCCUCCAGCCUCCCCCUGUCCGACUUCUCCGACAAACCUCAUGGUAGAGGAGACGCUGGCCGAGAGGAGCGCAGCAAACGACUCCACAGAGCAAACUCUCUGGACCCUCGGCUCAGCAGGGCUCAGAUGGCCGAGUUGCAGAGGCUCCAGGACCAGGUCUCUGACGGCUACUACGUCUCAGCCGAGGCACCGCUACCCAACGACCCCCAUCACAGGAUUCUAGUGGUGGAGAAGCUCCUGGAACCUGAAGAGACCAAAAAGACCAAAGAAGAGGAGGACGAUGACAGCUACGUCCAGAUCCGCUCCCCCACCAGCAGAGAGAAGAUCUCCAUCGUGGCCGUGGUGGACCGGUGCCGGGUCUACCUGGAGUCCGACCAGUACAAACAGAGGCACCAAGACCUCGAGAAGACGGAGCACGACGAGUCCCAGAAAACCAGACCAGCCACUGGUCAGAAGACUGAGAGCGGCCUCGUGAAAAACCUGAGGGAGAAGUUCCAGAGUCUGGGCUGAAGGACCUGACCAGAACCAGGCCAGAAACAUCAGAACCAGACCCGGACCAUCAGAGCCAGACCAGGACCAUCAGAACCAGACCAGGACCAUGGGACUUACUAAUGAUGAUCAGAGAAUUAUUAUAUGAAUGUAAACCAAUAAUCUAAUUAAUCCACAACCAGCCAUGUCCUCUGGUCUUUGGAGAGAAAUCUAGAACCUGAAUCUUUUUAUUAUGUUAGUUUUGUACAGGAUUGAGUCGUUUCUCUUUGUGUUUUAUAGUUUAUGACCUUAACCCCUGCUGCUGCCAGAGGAAAAUCACUAAACCAGUAAACCAGUAACCAGUAACCAUAAACCAGUAAACAGCGUCUUGACUUUCAGACUGUAACAGUGUGUGAAGAAUGAAACCUGCUCCCAGGGGGAAGUCCUCAUUAAUUCAGCACUACCUGUGUUUGUCUGGAUUUCGUGCCUUUUGUAUUCAGUGUUUGCUCGGAGGCACGUUGGCAGGGUUUGUCUCAUGCUCCUAUUUAUUGACCCCGAUGUAAAUAGACCCCCUCGUCUUUCUAGAACUGGAAAAUAUAAGUGGACAAAGAUUAUCAUGUGACUGUGUCUGUCCCACAUUAAAAUCACUUUGAACAACAA